CGAAAAACGAUAGCCGUGACCAUAAGUACUUUUGUCUCGUUCUUCUGGCAGAAGAUCGAAAGAACUCCUGUUCACCAGCCCCAUCUCGUUACUGAUUACUACACGUACGAAAUGGAUAACCAUCGCGAACUCCUUUGUCUCAACAUUCUAGGAUACAAGAAGCCUGGAAUCAGUGAUGAGGAUUACCGCCAAUACAUGAUCAACGUUCACGGACCCCUUGUGGGCUCUUUAAUGGAAAAAUACGGUUUCGUUAGCUGGAAUAUGACACACAACACAGCGAAGACUCGUGGGUUGAUGCAAAAUAUAUUUGACCCGCAGUUCGCGAAUAUUGCGCAGUACGACUCGUGCAUUCAGAUUGUAUUCCCAGACAUUGAGUGCUUCGUUCGCAUGAAGGCCGAUCCAUUCUUCCGUGAAAAGGUUGGACCGGACCAUGAAAAUUUUGCCGACACCAAGGCCUCGCAAAUGACAAUUGGAUGGUUCGCAGAAAUUCUGAGCGAAGGGAAAAUGGCUGAGGCAAAGCCGAAGCCUGGUCUCGUUCCUGACGCGGGACAAAAUGUUGAAAAGACUCCUAGUGAAAUUUACUGUGGAGAACUGUGAGAUGUUACCUAUUUUAUAUGAGACAGGGGCAAAAAUCAAUAGGCGGAGGGGAUGAUAUUGAGAUAAGGCUUCCAUGAGGUUGAGCGCCUCUCGGAAUUAGCCGAUCGCUUGCUUUGUUUGGUUAGUAAACUGGAUUAGUAACUGGAACGACCCUGCCGUUGGAGCGUUACCGUCACCUUUCGAUGUGCUCCUAAUAGUAACGGGUACCUUCUUGUAAUACUGUACAAGCCACUUCCACUCAUUCCCCUAUAUUGAAUCCAUU